GCACCCAGUAUGAGCAGAGGCCAAAAGAGGGUAUCAAAUCCUCCGGAACUGUAGUUACAGGUGUUUGUGAGUGGCUAAGUGGGUAAUGGGAAAUUGAACAAGAGCCUCUGCAAAAGUAGUUAAGUGCUCUUAACCACCGAGCCAUCUCUUCAAUCCCCACAACACCUUUAAUUCAAUAUUUGUUUACUGUCUUCUGAUAUCCUUUCUACACCUUCCCACCACCCACUUUUCUUCCCAGGGGGUGACCCCACAACAAUGUACUUAUUAUGCGGCACGCCAAACACGCUGACUCAGGAAGUCACGUCUCACAUGGUAGGACCAGCUCGUCGCUCUCAGAAACGUCAUAUCCUGUAGGAACCCAAAACACGCCUUCCAGAGUCCGCGAUCACCUGCUCGGGCCAGGCCCAGUAUGAGGCCUUGCAGGCACGAGAGUGACGUGGAUGCUCUCCUCAACCCAAGACUGACCGCGGGAUUGUGAGCCCUUCCUAACUUCUCCAACCACCUGACAACCCUCGGACUCCCAGGUGCGGAGGAGACCUGGUCAUCACUGCUAGAUAUCCUAACCCCCAACACUUCGCUGCUGUGGAAAAAGCUUCGGGACAGGAUUGCUUCCUCAGCUUUGGAGUGUAUUUACCCCAACUCUUACAGCCCCUCUAUCAGCAAAGGUGUAGGGUAGGGGCCAAAUCCCUCUUGCAGAGACUCAGGUCCACUAGUCCUACUGGAAGGAUGGGGUAUGGUGGAUGGCCCUUAGCUUCUCCCUUAACUGAUUCACACCACUCUGAUGCCUACAUCUUUUCCUCUCCACUGGACUUGUUACCCUACUCUGGUUUUCCUGCCUCCCUCUUCAUCGAUGAGACACAAGGCUGAACCAGAGCCCCCAGGGAAAAGACCUGCUAUCAAGGAAGACCACACAGGACCAGGACCUUCUCAUGGAUACUUCUCAGGACAUUCCAACAGCACAAGCAAGGGUAUUCCCCUAAGACACAAGGGGCCUGUGAACACUAUCCUUUGAAGUGCCAUGGUGGUCAAGAGAAGCAGAAGUAACUCCCAGCAGUUGCCUGGCCUGGGAGGACAGGGUGGUUGUACAGGUCUCCUAGGUAUGCUCGGAGCUGCCCUACUGGUCAUCAGCCUGCCAUGGGGGGCCCAAGUGAUGGCCAGUGCCAACCUCAGUACUGCUCUGGGCCACACUAUGCCACUAACAAGUGGUCACUAUCUGAGCAUUGGAGAUGGCUCAGUGACAGAGUUUGAGUUCCCUGAAAAGAGUGAGGGUAUCAUUGUGAUCUCUAACCAGUACUCAGGACAGGCCAAUGGGACAGGCCCUAGUCCCACACUGAGGGUUAUAUCCCUGGACACAGAGGUACUGACCAUCAAGAAUGUGAGUGCCAUAACCUGGGGCAGUGGGGGUGGCUUUGUGGUGAACAUCCACUCAGGUCUGGCUGGGCUGGCUCCACUUCACCUCCAGCUCAUGGACCUCCAUGAGGCCCCACCCUUGUUGAUUGAAGAACGAAGGGAUUUCUGCAUCAAAGUGUCACCUGCUGAAGACAUCCCUUCUACCCUCAAUCCCAACUUGAGCCACUUCUCAGAGAACCCAAUCCUCUACCUGCUCCUGCCUCUUAUCUUUGUCAAUAAGUGUUCAUUUGGGUGCAAAGUGGAACUUGAAGUUUUGAAGGAGCUCCUACAGAGCCCCCAACCCAUGCUGUUGGGCCUCUUGGGCCAAUUUCUGGUCAUGCCCUUCUAUGCUUUCCUGAUGGCCAAAGUCUUCAUGCUACCCAAGGCCUUGGCUCUGGGCCUCAUCAUUACCUGCUCAUCACCUGGCGGUGGGGGGAGCUACCUCUUCAGUCUCCUCCUUGGAGGAGAUGUCACCCUGGCCAUCUCUAUGACUUUCAUCUCAACAGUAGCUGCCACGGGUUUCUUGCCACUCUCAUCAGCCAUCUACAGCCACCUUCUCAGCAUCCAUGAAACACUCCACGUGCCCAUCUCCAAGAUACUGGGGACUUUGCUGUUCAUUGCCAUCCCCAUAGCAGCAGGUGUGGUGAUCAAGUCUAAGCUUCCCAAGUUCUCAGAGCUGCUGCUACAGAUCAUCAAGCCCUUCAGCUUUGUACUUCUCCUUGGUGGCCUAUUCCUAGCCUACCACAUGGGGGUCUUCAUUUUAGUGGGAGUCAGGUUACCCAUCAUAUUGGUGGGCUUCACAGUGCCCCUGGUUGGCCUUUUGGUAGGCUAUAGCCUGGCCAUGUGCCUGAAGCUGCCAGUGGCCCAGAGGCGGACAGUCAGCAUUGAGGUAGGGGUGCAAAACAGCCUGCUAGCCUUAGCCAUGCUGCAACUGUCUCUGCGCCGCCUUCAAGCAGACUAUGCCUCUCAGGCCCCCUUCAUUGUGGCACUGAGUGGUACCUCUGAGAUGCUGGCUUUGGUUAUUGGCCAGUUCAUCUACAGCAGCUUGUUUCCUGUUCCCUGAGGACCCUGGAUCAAGUUUUAUAACCCCAGCCCCCAUACUCCAUCCACUGUCCCCACAGUUCUUAUGUACCAAAGGCCUUUAGUUCUCAUUCACUAUGCACUCAAACAAAUCCAGGCUUUUUUUUUUUUUUACUCUUUUUUCCCCAGCUUUCAGUGCCAAAGAGGCCACGCUGAGUUAGAAAUAUAUUUCAAUAAAAGACAAAAGCAAGCUUGGGUCCCUUCCAGUGUUUGUCCCUUGGAGCCUAUGGAUGGGGAUAGGUAGAGUGUGUCUGGACUGGUAUGGGCCAGGAUGGUGAACAGGCUUGGUGACCCUGCAGAGCCCACUCUGUUCUCACUCCUGUUUUGAACAUGGUAGACAAGUGUUGUACCUUUGAGCUGUAUCCCCAUAUCUGCAAAGUCUUUUCUCUAUCAGCCCUCCCCAACAGGGCAGGCCUCUGUUCUAUAAUGAGUGAGGAGAUAGAGGCCUUCGGAGCCUCAGUCAGGAUAUUUUUGCAGCCAGAUUAGAAAGAAGCAGAAAGCCAACGAUCGAGCUAUGAUAGCAGGUAGGAAUAGACCAUUUCUGUAUCUGAGAGACACCACCGUGUGUUUGCACUGACUGGGUCCACCAAGAGCAUAAGAAUUAGUGCAGGCCAGGCCUUGCAUGAAGCUGACAUCCUGGUCCUUCAUUUCAAGCUACAGCUCCCAAGUGAAGCAAGCCUGGCCCCACAGGUUCCUUGCUUCCUUGCACCACAGCCGCUGGAGGUUUACUGUAGGCUGGGGGUGGCGGACUCUACCCCAGGUUCGGGCAGGCGCGAAGGCCCGGAGGCGGGACUGAGGGACGGCAGGAGCCACGCGGCAGG